GAAGAUUUGAAGCACAAGCACUAUUUUUCCCUUAUAGUAGCACCGUUUUUCACUUAUAGGUAUAUAUAGUUAUGUUUUUUAACACAAUGGAUCAUACAAAUGAGCUGCCUAUAACUUGGUACUUUGAAUGUCCUGGACAAGUUGAUUUGAUUCGUUUGAUCGAGAGAAUCUAAUCUGAUGUUCCUUCUGAAGGCUUAUACGAAGCUGAUGCGAGAAAACAUUCUCAUUAUCUUGCUCCUCCAAGUAAGAAACAAUCGCCAAGCAAAAAAGGGAGCGGUCAAGGAUGUGACCAAAGCGUCUGUGCCUGGAAGCAGAAUACAGUCGGAAAUCAAUGACAAGCUAAACAAGUAAUUCCGGAACAUCUAAUCUCCUAAUGGAGCACUGUAGGGGGUGAAUCAGAGAAAUCACAACACAUGUUACAGGCAAAACUUGAAAUCCAAAAUACCAUUACCCGGAGGUAGUUUUUUUCCUUCUUUUUCUUUAUUUUUCCCCUAAUUUUUAUUAUUCUAUUCGCAUGCACGCUACUAGUUCGUGAAUAAACCCAGAUUUUAAGAAAAGACUGUUGAAACUCCGGAAAUCGGAGAAGAGCCUUCGAUGAUACAGUGUUUCAUAUGAUUUCGAAAUCAUCAAGCUGAGAAGGCAAUGAAAUCUCCAUAAUAAAUAACACACACAAAAAAAGAUAAAACAGAAAUCAUAAUUGUUUGUAGAGAUUUAAAUAGGUAAAAUAUAUAAUAAAAAAAUGGUGGGUAAAAGAGGAAGCCAUGGGAGAGCAAAAAAAAAAAAAAAGGGAGAGUUGGGAGAAGGGAAAGAAGGGUUUUAGGUUUAGAAAGAAGAAAGUAAGAAGGAACUGAAUUAAAAUAAAUAAAGUUUUUUAUUUUUAUUUUAUCCUCUCAUCGCGUCAAGUGGGAAAUUUCCCGCUCAUGUGUUAGAUAUUUUUGGGCUUCGGGGAAAAUUCCUAUUCUAGUCCUUCGCCAUUUGACGUGUUUGUAAUCAGGUUUUUUGUCUGCUUCAAUUUAGUCUCUGUGCAUGAAGUCUCAGUCCUAUUUCAAUUGAUCCCUGAGUUAUUUUAAGUUUUUAUAUUAUUGAAUAUUGAGUGAUAAUUAAUUUGCGAAUAUGUUCUAGGAAUAAAUUUUUAGUGUUAUAUAUUAGACAUAUUGUUAUGGGGCCACAAACGGUUGACUCUUUUUAAUUGUACCCCCAAAGACCGACGUCGUUUUUCUUUAAUAAUAAUGAAUUCAAAUUUUUUUUAAAAAAAUAUGUGCUUGAAAUAAAAUAAGAUAAAAUUUACUAUUUUGAAACCUCAAAUGGUCGGUUGGUUAACUCGUACUACAUAGAUGACCUGUUUAUUAUUUCAUUAAAACAAGCGGGAAAUCUACUACCUUCUUUUUUGCCGUUCAGAUUGUUGGGGGAAUAGAUUUUUAGAAUUUUGGAUAAUUGUCAGUUUAGGUUCUUCGUUGUCUGGUUAUUUUUUAAUUCGGUUCUUAUAUUGUUCAAUUUAAUCCCUACGUUUGUGAUUUCAAUUCAGAUUCAAUUUGAACCUCAUGUUUUUAAAUUUUUGAUGGAUUGCAAAUGGUUGACCGAUCCAUGGUGUUACUGCAAGUGGUUGAAGCCGAGUUUCUUUUAAAAGUAAAUAUAUAUCUAUAUAUAUAAGAUUUCUCGGAAUCGUGGAGGGUCGUUUUCUUAAUUCGUACCUUGCAAAUGAUUGGGGUAUAUUUUAAAAAAAAUGUCAAUUGAACCAUUUUAUUAAAUUAAUAAAAGUGAUAUUUAUGUUUUUGUAAAUUGAAAAAUUCAUCGAGUUGUGUCUCACAAUUGACUAAGGCUUAUUUUCCUUUAAAAUUAAUAAUAAACAAAGAGUUUUUCGCCCCAAAAGUUUUGAGUUUAUUCCUAAACUAACAAUCAAAGUAUUUUCAGAUUAUUUAAAAAAAUUAUUUCAUGAAUAAGUUAUUUUUUUCCAAAAUCAUUUUCAAACAUUUUAAGUCUCGUAAAAGGUAUCUUGUAAAUGGUUGAGGCGUAUCUCUUUAAAAUUUAAAAAAAUGAAGUAUGUGAAUUUCUUUAAAAUUAAUUUAAGUAAUUAUAGUCAAAUUAGAUAAGAAUAAGUUAGAAUAAUAAUCAAAAUUUUAGACACUACAAAUGUGGUAUUGUCCAUUAGAACAGGGGUUGCAGGGUGCUAAUUUUUAUCCAUAUGUUCAAUAAGUGUCUAAUCACAUUUAAUCUAAAAUGAUUAGUGGUAAUUCUAUAUAAAAUAUUUUCGUGUCUAGUAUGUUUGGAUUUUUUAUUUUUAUUUGGAACCAUCACAUUAUUAUUUAUUCUUAUUUUUUAUUCAUUUUCUUCGAUUUCCAUUUUUUGUUACGUAUAUUUGUAUAUAUGAGUUAAAACUUAUAUUUCUAUAAUUCAUAUUCACUCAUAUAUAGUAUGUGUAUAAAUUAAAAAAAUAUUAAAGAUUUUGUAUACUGUUACAUUAGGCUGCUGCUUUUGAAGUAUCGAUUGAUUGUGUUUGUUUUCGCAGGUUUUCUUCUAUCCUUCUUAUGUUGUCUUGGUUCGUUUUUUAGUACUCCUUAGUCUUCACCUGGCACACUUACUCUUUCCUUACUCGUACAAAAAAUUGUUUACCAUGCCUCCUCAUACCUCCUAUAAUAGAGCUACUAAGAAGAGGGCUAGGACGGAUGAUGCGUCAUCUAGUGCGGUUUAUCCAUCGUCCGCAUCUGAUUGCUUCCGCAGUCAUGACGAUCUUAAUAAAUUCAAGACUUCCUUUGCUACUCGAAAUGUCCAUAUUUCUCGCCCUAUUGACCUUCCCUUUCUUCGCGAUGAACUCGAUUUUCGACACCUUCCCACCUUGAACGAAUGGGGUUGGCUUUAUUGCCUCCAACUUACUGGCACUUGUCAUGACAACCUCGUCCGAGUCUUUUACUUUAACGCCGAAUUCAAAUACGGUGAUGAUGGUAAAACUGUUACUGCAAUCACUUCGUAUGUCAUGGGUGAGAAAGUAACCAUUACCCCUGCCAUUUUGUCUCAAUACCUUAGGAUUCCUCUCGAUGGUGAUCCGACUUUUUUAGGUUCUUUCCCUUCGACCUUAAUCCUUAAAGAUGAUCAUGCUAGUGAUUUAGAAUUACAUGAUCGGAUCCUUCAUCUCAUCCUCACUUGGACCAUUAAUCCUACAAACAAGCAUGCGAUCUUGCGCAAAACCGAUUAUUGGUUCAUUCAUUGUUUUCAAACUAAGCAUCAUCUUAACCUUCCGGUCCUCAUGUUCCUUAACAUGAUUGAGGUUGUUCGUUGGCCCCUCUCUAGCAACAAAACCCUUAAGUAUGGGACCUUUCUCUCUUUCAUCUUUCGCCAACUUAAACUCAAGGUGUCUGUUGAUCCGGGUCGAGCCAUCAAUAGCUUCAUCGAUGUUUCCUCUGUUCAUAGUUGUGGCUACUGUAAGGAGGAUGGUAAAUGGGUUCAUAAAGACAAACUACAGGCGGCAGCGGCACGACAAUCACAAGGAGAAGUACAACCCGAGGAGGAGGUACUUGCCUUACCUCCACCACCGUCACCUCGCACUUCGGCCAUCCUUGAUGCCAUUCAUGGUCUUUCCCAGCAUGUAGAUGCUCGUUUCGAUGCCUUAAUGCCUCGGAUUUUUUAUUUGGAGGAUCAAAUGGCUCAAAUAGUGUCACGUUUCCCUCCUCCGCCUUCAUCAGACGAUUAGUGGUUGUUUUAGAUGUGGAUUUUGUGGCUGACUUGUUGAUUCUGUUUAGAAUUGCUCUCUUUCCUUGUUUUGAUUCACUUUUAUGACCUUCGUUUAUAUUGGAUAUUAUUCUUGUCGAUAUUAGGCUUUUGUCACAUAUUUUCGAUUUGCAUGGCUCUUUUUGUUGGAUAUUUUGAUACCUUGUUGCCGCGUUAUUUUUUGUUGGGCGGUUCUUGCAUGAUGUUUAUUUUUGUCAUAUAUCAUUGAAUGUUUACGGAAUAUCCGACUCUUGAUUUCAAA